AGUGCUACAUAUUUCGGUGGGCGGAAGUUGAACGUGAAAGCUCCAGCAGUACACCGCUGUAGAACAUGGCAGACCACACAGGCUCAAAAAGACCAGCUCCAAAGAGGAGAAGGCCUCCCAACAAAGGCAAGAGCCACAAACAACACUCUCACGUGCAAAAAGAGACUCGCGUGACCAUUGGAUUGGCCUUUGAAAGGUGGCGUGAACUGAAAACAACAAAUGGAUUGAAAACUGAUGCAGAGGUGGCCCUGAGUCUGCUGGAUGUAAUGCAGAGGUCGCCCGCCUCCAGCCCAGCUUCCUCUGGAGCCCCUGCUAAGAAGCUUAAAUUCUCCCAAUUGGAAGUGGAGACGCUGAUCGAGCAGGAGGUUCACGCCGCAGUGCAAAAGAAAGAAAGCAAGCUGCAGGGUUUAAUAGAAACUAUUCAACAGCUGGAUCGGGCUGUCGACUAUUCAAGCUCCAUCCAAACGCUGGAGGCUCGAAUUAACACGGUAACCAAGAGAGCAGAAGCAGCGAUCGCCUUCAUGACGGAGGAACAGAAAAAGAGCCCAAUGCCAUCUCUCGUUAACGUAAAGACCAGGGAGCACUCUGAGGAUGAAACCCUGGAGGCCGAGUCACAGACUGACAUGAAGAGCAUGGACGAGAGCGGAGAGGUCUUUGAAGCGAUGGAAAACACAAAAGAGGCCCUAAAGAAGAUGCAGGCUGAUAACGAAGCUUUGACGGGUGCCAUAACGGAUUUAAGUGAGGAUCUGUCUCCUCCGGUUCUAACCCCUUAUGGUUCUCCAAAGGGUAAGGUAAAGAAAGAGCCAAAAUAUAAGCAGGAAAUACAGAACAAUGUUGUGGAGCUCACGCAGCGCGAGGAACCGAAGGCUGGGCCGGUGAAAGUGGAAACCAAGCACACAAACUCAGAGCGGGACAAGGUCCUGUAUCCCCCUCUUCCCUCCAAUCCCUUCCCCUCCACCCUGAACAUGGAAGCGGCCAAGUACAACAUCCCCCAGAUUCUACAAGUAAAAAUGGCUCUCAUCAGGAGACCCCCUGGCCUCUCUGUGCUCUGGUCAGUGGAAGAGAAAGACCCAUCUAGGCCACCCAUGGAUAUUUACAGAGUCUUCAUUAGCGUGGAGAAGGAGAAGGGUAGCAACGUCUUCCCAGCCUGGACCAUUCAGGUGGUGGAUGCCAAAGACAAAGAGCCGCCCAUCUGUCAUGUGAUCAACAAGUACCAGGCCGGGCGCAAGAUUUGUGUCGCUGUGGUGGGCAAAGACGCGUUUGGCCGGUACGGACCUUACAGUGAAGUUGUGACCGUGUCCUUACCUGACUAGUUGGGAGGAUACAAGCGGCUACUUCAAGAGCGAUUCACCCGCUUUCCACAUGAAACGCUGUUUACAAGUGCCUUAAGGUUGAUAAAACGGAGCGCGGCCGGGAGGAUACAGAUGUGUUUUUUUUUGGGGGGGGGGUGGGGGGGUUGUUUUUGAAACGUCCAGCAAUGAUUACAGUUCUAACAGAAAGUAAAUAUCCAUGUUUACGGCACUUCUUUCUCUGGUUGGUUGUGCGGCACUCGUGCAGAUGUUGGUUAUUAAGCCAUAAAUAAACAGUUUAUUGUGAGAUUCACUAUGAAACAAUUUUUAAAGGUCAAAGUUUUUGUCAUGUAUAAAUGUUGAAUUUUUUUUUACGAGCCAUUAAAGUUGAAAGUGUUUGAAUGUAUGUUCUGUAUGAUGAAUUUUUGGUUGUUUAUAAAGUGAAAAUCUCAUAAAAUUUGAAAGGUUUCUUGCUUCUUUCUGUUUCAUAUAAUGAAUCAAAGUCUCCUGGUCAGACUGAAGCAUGUACACGUGUUAUUACCUCACGGAGGAUUGCUUUAACAAUAAAUGCUAUUUGAAUUAAGUUUGAGAUUAUUAAAAGUCUGGUGGCAAUAGGUGCUCUUUGCCAUCAACUACCUGAUGUGGUGUGAUGAAUAUGGCGAUGCUAGUGUUUACACCGUAACCUCAUAAUCUCUGACGCGUUUUGUUUGUUGUCGCAUAUUUCACGACUCUCACCCGACACGUGCAGCGCAUUGAUCGUAAAUGUAAAAGCUUAAUUUUAUGCUGGAGUUGGACUCUAAUCAGAUGCAGCCUUUGAACCAAGGAUUUGUGAUGUGCGACUCUUAACUGUAACUAUAAUGGAAGUAGGCUUGAAUUUGAAAUUUGCAAAGUACCAUUGAUCAGCC